CGAGGGGCGGCCGAUGCAGGCCAGGGGAGUUGUCUUCCACCCAGACCGCGGAUUGGACUGCCAUAAAAAGGGCAAACAUACGUCUGCCUUUUUUUCUACACCCGAAAACCCGCCUCCUACUCCUCUGGACGACCAGAAAUAGAACAGCUUUAGUAGACAGAAGUCAAGUGGCUAAGAAACAGUGCUUUUAGUCCUCUAAGCUUCGACCAUUUCUCGCCAAGGUUUUUAGCCUUAGCAGCACCGACGGAACGGAGCUAGCUUUAGCCGGAGAGGGAGUGUUGUCAACUAACUCAGCCAGGGGAGGGAAAAUACACAUUGUUUGGAGCAAAAGUAGAAGCCGAAUACUCAACCCUGUUUAACAAGUUGUACUUUCGAGGGAAUGGCACUGGACUUCGCCGCGGGCUGCGUGGGAGGUGCUGCUGGUGUUUUGGUUGGCCAUCCAUUUGACACAGUGAAGCUGCUGGUGUCUGCCUGAAUUUGGGGUGUCAAAGGCAGAGGGGGGGCUGUCUUUAACAGCAACAGUGUCACUGUGUUGUAGAUGAGAGGGAGAAAUAAACAACCUCUCCACGGAUAUGUGACCUAGUGCGGCUGCAGGUUCAAAAUGCGGAAAAACCUUUAUACCGAGGGACCUACCAUUGCUUCCAGUCCAUCGUGCGCCAGGAGUCGACGCUGGGUCUCUACAAAGGACUGGGCUCGCCCAUGAUGGGCCUCACCUUCAUCAACGCCAUCGUGUUCGGUGUGCAGGGCAAUGCCAUGCGGAAGCUGGGCCGCGACACGCCCCUCAACCAGUUCCUGGCGGGCGCCUCCGCGGGCGCCAUCCAGUGCGUGAUCUGCUGCCCCAUGGAGCUGGCCAAGACCCGCAUGCAGAUGCAAGGAACCGGGGAGAAGAAGUCCAAGAGGAAGAUGUACAAGAACUCGCUGGACUGCCUGAUGAGGAUCUACAACAAGGAGGGCAUCCGGGGCAUCAAUCGCGGCAUGGUGACCACGCUGAUUCGCGAAACGCCGGGUUUCGGCGUCUACUUCCUGGCGUACGACGUGUUAACGCGCCACCUGGGCUGCGAGCCCGAAGACCCCUACAUGAUCCUCAAGCUGCUGUUCGCCGGCGGAAUGUCCGGCAUCGCCUCGUGGAUCUCCACCUACCCCGUGGACGUAAUCAAGUCCCGCCUGCAGGCGGACGGCGUGGGCGGCGUCAACCGCUACAGCGGCAUCGCGGACUGCGUGCGGCAGAGCGUGCGGAAGGAGGGCUGGCGGGUGUUCUCGCGCGGCCUCACCUCCACCCUGCUGCGCGCCUUCCCGGUGAACGCCACCACCUUCGCCACCGUGACUCUCUUCCUGCUGUACAUGCGCAAGGACGAGGAGUGCGGCAUGAAAGCCACCGAGCCGCAGGCGGCGCCGCUGCAGCCGCUCCAGCCGCUCCAGCCACAGGCUCAAACUACCAGCAUCUAAAGCCGACGUCCACUUUCACAAGAAUCUGACAGCAGUAGUCUUGAAUUAUGAUAUAUUACCAUAAAAGCUGCACUUGUACAUACAGUGGGUUAUAUACUUCAUUCUUGAUGUCAUUCAUGAAUUUACUGUAAUGCUUAUUAGUAAACAGUUCCUUCCACACAGUCCUUAAAAAUGCGUGGAAUUGAACGCAACUCGCCUUCAAUCCGAUCUCCUAUGUGGCGUAAAACAGCACUUGAGCAUUUUAUGCUGUUGGUUACAAGGCCUUUAUUGUACAUGGAUGUAAAUAUUACAUAUGUUGGUGUUUGUCAUAGCAUUGUCAUGAUUAGUUCUUUGUCAGUUGUAGUAAAAGCUGGAAAAUGUGCUUCCCACAAAAGGUAGUGGUCAAUGCAGAGAAUGUGGAUUAUUGGGCUCAAAUCAAUGUGCUUGUUAUCUUAAGCUCAUAUUUAUUAAAAACUGUUGGCAAUCAUACACUAUUUUAUUACUCCCUCCUAAAAGAUGUCCUUUUGAGCCAGAUUCUGUUACAAAGCACAACUCCGAGUACAGUGUUAGGCACACUUCCCCCCCUCACCCCCCACCAGGGGACGCUGUUUCUCCCCUUGCUGCUGUAAUAAAGUGAUUCUAUUUUUACUAUUGGAAAUAAAAUAUAUUAAACGCAA